GGGGCAGAGAGCCAAAAAAAAAAAAACGCGACGCGAUCACUCACUCGAAAAACGCCGCCUCGCCCACCCACCCACCUAACCUUCCCAACAACGCGCACCGCUGUCGUGCCACCUGUGUCUUGUCACCUGGUUGGAAGGCGCGCCCUACGCCGUCAGUUGAGGCGCCUGCGCGCUGGAAGAUCAAUUGGAAGGAGCCACUCCCCUUUCCUGUACCACCGCCCCCUCCCUCGCGACUCGGGCUAUAAGUACCUUUCGACACGCGCCCAGCGUCGCCUCUUUCUCACCCCAACCUCCCUCGUCCCUUCUCUAUUCUUUAACUGUCGUCGUCGUAGUCGUCGCCAUGCUCGCAACCGACUCCGUCCACACCAUCAAGCUCCCCACCUUCUCCAAGCCGCAGCAGCCCGUCCUCUCCAAGCCGGCUGCGGCAGCGACGCCCUCGUCGCCCACAGACAUCGCCGCGGAGUGGGUCGCUACGUUCAAUGCCGUCCUCGCCGGCAAUGACUUGGCGUCCGGCCUGCCGCGCGUCUUGCACAGCGACUGCUGGUUCAGAGACCACUGCGCGCUGAGCUGGGACUUGCGCACUUUGCACGGCAUCGGCGAUGUCAGCCCUUUCCUCGCUGCGCAGCAGCCCCGCUUCGCCCUCGCGGGCCUGAAUCUUACGUCUAGCGGCAAGUUUGCGCCGUCGCAGGCAGAGCCUGUUGAGGGGCUGGAGUGGAUUGAGAGCAUGUUUACUUUUGAGACGGCUUUUGGUCGCGGAAAGGGUGUGCUGCGUCUCGUACAGGGCGAAGACCGUGCCUGGAAGGCGUAUAUGCUCUACACGGCGCUCCAGGAAAUCAAGGGAUACGAAGAACAAAUCGGACAGAGGAGGCCGCAUGGAGGGAACAACUCCCUAGAGGGCGGUACCGUCAAGGGGAACUGGGCCGAGAGAAAGCAGAGAAAAAUGGAAUUCCUGGACGAGGAACCAGCGGUUAUUUGUGUUGGUGCUGGCCAAUCUGGACUCAACCUUAGCGCCAGGCUUCAAGCUAUGGGGUUGUCAUGCCUGCUUAUCGACAAGAACGAGCGCCUCGGAGAUAAUUGGCGGAACAGAUACAGGGUAAAUACAGCAAAUAGUAACUGUAUCCAGACGCUCGUAACGCACGAUCCGGUGCAUUAUAGCCAUAUGGCUUACAUGCCAUUCCCCUGCACAUGGCCGUUCUUCACGCCCAAGGACAAGCUCGCAGACUGGUUUGAAGCCUACGCCACACUGCUCGACCUCAAUGUAUGGAUGUCGAGCAAGAUCACCUCGGCGUCCUACGACGACGCGACACACACAUGGACAGCCACCAUCACGCGCGGCGAUGGCAGCACGCGCACGCUCAAGCCGCGGCACAUCGUCUUCUGCACAGGGCACUCGGGCGAGCCCAAAGUCCCCAGUUUCCCGGGCCAGGCAGAGUUCGCCGGGACAGUGUACCACGGCAGCAAGCACAAGGACGCGUCGGCAACAAGCGAGGACCUGCGCGGCAAGCGGGUAGUAGUUGUCGGCACGGGCAACAGCGGCCACGACAUCGCGCAGAACUACGUCGAGAACGGCGCGGACGUGACGAUGGUGCAACGCAGCGGGACGUACGUGAUCCAGUCGUCCAAGGGCCUCAUGAUGAUCCACAAGGGCAUGUACGAGGACGGAGGCCCGCCGACCGAUGAGGCCGACAUCUACGGGCAGAGCUUGCCAAUGGCGGUGCAGUUCGCGCUGCACGUCAACUUCACCAAUGCGGUCUCGGAAAUCGAAGCCGAGAACCUUGCCGGGCUGCAGAAAGCCGGCUUCGAAAUCGACUUCGGGCCGGCCGGCAGCGGGCUAUGGCGCAAGUACAUAACGCGCGGCGGCGGGUACUACAUCGACGUGGGCGCGAGCCGGCUGAUAGCCGAAGGCAAGAUCAAGCUGGCGCGCAGCCCCGGCGGCAUCAGCGGCUUCGAGCGAGACGCGCUGGUGCUGGCUGAUGGACGCCGCCUCCCCGCCGACGUCGUGGUGUUGGCCACGGGCUACGACAACAUGCGCACCAGCGUCGAGAAGGCGCUCGGGCCCGAGCAGGCGGCGCGCUGCCGCGACGUGUGGGAUCUGGAUGCCGAGGGCGAGGUCAACGCCAUGUGGCGCCCCAGCGGGCAUCCUGGGCUGUGGUUCAUGGGCGGCAAUUUGGCCUUGUGCCGUAUUUAUUCCCGGUUUCUGGCGCUGCAGAUCCGGGCGGUGGAGGCGGGGUUGACGGGGUAG